ACCAGAGCAACAGCAGCAAACAUGGGAAUUCAAUCAAUACUCGAAGAAGCCGCGGCGGAUGUGGAUGCCUGAUGUGUGGGCCUGGGGCAGCCACCACCGCCUUCCUCUCCGCCAGGCACUCGCCGGACUUGCGUAGCCCGCAACAGCACAGCUUCGCCCGAGCUUCCCCAAGAGCAGCUGGUUCAACAUCUCCUCCCAUCUCUUCCUACCCUCCCCCUCAUCACGACUUCCCAUUCUGCCUCUUCCUUUCACUACACUCUGACUUUUCUCCUCCCUCGACACUUCUUCUCCAUUCUACAUCGUCCAUACAGCCAACAUGUUCAUCGCCCGAUCGGAAUAUGACCGUGGAAUUAACACCUUCUCUCCGGAGGGGCGUCUCUUCCAGGUCGAAUACUCUCUCGAAGCUAUCAAGCUUGGCUCCACUGCGAUCGGUGUAGCAACCUCGGAAGGAGUGAUCCUGGGCGUCGAGAAGCGCGUCACCUCCAGCCUCCUUGAGGCUUCCUCCGUCGAGAAGAUCGUCGAAGUCGAUCAGCACAUUGGCUGCGCCAUGUCCGGUCUGCAGGCAGAUGCGCGGUCCUUGAUCGAGCACGCCCGCGUCGAAUGCCAGAACCACGCCUUCCACUACGCCGAACCCCUCAGAGUCGAGAGCUGCACCCAGGCGAUCUGCGAUCUGGCCCUGCGGUUCGGAGAGACGGGAGAUGACGAGGAGAGCGUGAUGAGCAGACCGUUCGGUGUGGCUCUGUUGCUUGCCGGUAUCGAUGAGGAUGGUCCUCAACUAUACCACGCCGAACCGUCGGGUACGUUCUAUAGAUACGAUGCCAAGGCCAUUGGGUCCGGCAGCGAGGGUGCGCAGGCGGAGUUGCAGAACGAAUACCACCGCUCCUUGACGUUGGCCGAGGCAGAGACUCUGGUCCUGAAGACGUUGAAACAGGUCAUGGAGGAGAAGCUGGAUGCCAAGAACGUCCAGCUCGCCAGCGUGACCAAGGAGAAGGGAUUCCGCAUCUACAACGACGAGGAGAUGGGCCGGGCUGUUGCGCAACUCGGCGGAAACCAAUGAGGGAGAUGAUAAAGCAUGAGAAUCUUGAUGGUCCAACAUGUAUGUCGGCAGCGGUAGUAUUGGAGGAAGCGGAAAUAUCUGUUGGGGCAACCGAUAGAAAAGAACAAUGACUUGUCUAAUGAUUUAUAUAUCACUUUGUUG